AUGGGCAAGUAUGCACUUUCAGCUAUGCUUUUGCUGAUCUUGAGGCUGUUCGUGCUCUUUGACGAAGUCUCCCCAAAUCUUCUCUUCACUUUUUGCUCAGAAAACACAAACUACACAAGUAACAGCACAUUUGAAAACAACCUUGAGCGGGUUCUUGAGGCAUUACCUUCCAAUACUUCAGAUACCGGCUUCUACAGCACCUCUAUUGGAGAUGGUGCUGAUCAAGUCUACGGUCGAGCACUUUGCAGAGGAGAUGUCAACACUUCGUUAUGUCGAAGUUGCAUAGAGAAUGCUAGCCAAGAUAUAAUGAACCUGUGCAAAACUGAAGAAGCAAUUGUCUGGUACGAUCUCUGUCAGGUUCAGUACUCAUUCCAGAACAGUUCCUUGAUGGUUUAUACCGGAAAGUAUCCUGAAUCAAACAAGCAGGAGACAAAUAUAUCACAUCCUGAUCAUUUCAAUGAUGUGUUGACGUUUUUAAUGAACAACAUCUCGACGGAGGCAGCAGCCCUUUCCAAGAUCAUGUUUGGAUUUGGAGAAAUAAAGUUUAAUAAGAAGGAAACAAUAUAUGGUCUCGUUCAGUGCAGUAGGGACAUUUCUGGUAGUAAAUGUCAAACUUGCUUAGAUUCAGCCCUUGGAGAUCUUAAAGCCUGCUGCUAUUCCCGUACAGGUGGAACUGUUCUGAGCAGGAACUGUAACGUGAGGUUUCAAAUGUACCACUUUUAUAAUGCCUCAAAUUCUCCAUUAAUAUACCCGAAAUCUGCAGGGGAUAAAUGGAGCAGUGGGAUGCUUGUGGCAGUAAUAUGUGCAACAGCAUUGGUUCUUGCGCUUCUGAUUGGUUCUAGCGUUGUCUAUUACCGGUAUGUUUUGUUACAGCAGGUGUUUCUUGUCACUAUACGGUUGGAUAGCAGAACCUUUUUGGGUUCUGCCCUAUUAUCACUUGAAUGA